AUGAUCCCUCACCUAAUAGAUCCGUUGAUAGAUGAUCUACCCUUGAAGCAAAACGAACAUAUUUCUGCAGUCGCAGCAUAUGAUCGAAAUAUUUAUAUUGGAACUUCACAAGGUAAGCUACUUCAUUAUCAUUUAUUCGAAGAUGCGACAGAUUAUUUACAGCUCACCCUGAUUUCUGUUGGAAAUCAGGGGGUGACGCAAUUGGUUACAUCUGAGCAAUCGCAAAGGUUGUUUCUCAUUGUUGACCGUACGCUUUUGGUGUUUCUGCUACCGGAGCUCAGCCCGGUUAGCACAAGGCAGUUGAAAAAUAUACGCCACAUAUGUCUAAUGGAAGACAGAGUUUCACUCAUGCUUAUCAAACAAUCAGGAAUUCAACUCGUUUACCUCCAGGAAAAUUCAUGGAAGUUGCUUCAAGAAUUUAGACACGAAGGCGCUAUACUUGGAACUGCGCCCAUGAACAACUUGGUUUUACUAGCAAAUGGAAAAUCUUACGAAACAUUGGAUACUCGCUCUGGAUACACCGUGCCUCUUUUCGAGUACAAAUCAAAUACGGAUGUCUCUCCAUUUAUUAUACCGUUUGAAACGCAAGACUCAAAGGAAUACUUGCUUACAAUUGCUUCCGAUGAAAACACUUCCAUAGCACAAUUUAUCAACAUUUCUGGAGAUGUUACCAGGGGUACUUUGACGUGGUUGGAUUGCGGUUACCCUCGUGGUGGUGUCAUCGUUGAUUGGCCCCAUGCAUUUGCAGUGUUCCAACGAUCGAUAAUAGUAUCCUCUUUGGAAACACUUGAUACAGUGCUGGAAAUAAACAUUAACAACACAAAGGAGCUAGAGGGCAGUGAGAUUCCAAUUGUAGACGACUUCCAUAUCCAAAAAGUCAAAGCUCUUUUCCUGGAUAAGUCAUUGGAAGAGGUAACUGGGCUGCCGAUUGAAGUGAGCUCCGGCAUGGUUUUGUUUAGUAAAUCGAAGUUAUUUGCUUUACACCAAGAAAAUGAAAUCAUAUCAGCGAAUAAAGCGUUCCAUGGGGCGAUGGAAUCCAACGAUUUUGAACAAUUUUUGGCUGUUGCUUAUGGUGAUUCCCCAUACGUGCACAUUCUCAAAACGAUGGCUGUUUUCUUAACGGAAGAGGAUCCAAUAGAGUUGCUAACUAAGAGACAACACGGUCAGUUGAUUAUAGAGCCCAACUUAGCUCUUCGUUUAUUGGGCUACGAUUAUCCUUUCAGUAUGUAUCCUGGAUUGAAGGAUAUCAUCGAUAUGUGGGACUUUAAAGAUGAAGAUAUAACAAGGAGAUACCUGCAGAGAUUGAAAUUCGCAGAUAUGAGCUCUGAGUCAAGAAUAUUGAGCUACAAGCUUCUUCCAGAGAAUGAACUUCUUCCGUUAGUCUCUGAGGAUAACUGGACCUUUUCCGAAGAUGACAAGUCAAUUAUUGAAAUAUUGAUCGAGAGGGAUCAAAUAGCUCUGGUAUCGUAUAUUUAUAAAACGAUCCCAAAACUUCCUGCUGUUGCAUUUGCAUAUAAAGAAUUUUUGUUUCAACACUUAAACAACGACCUUGUCGACGACGCAUUGAACUUCCUAGCCAAUGUAAACCUCGACGAAAAGGAUUACAGUAAAUUGAUUUUGGAGAUUAUAAAGUUGAACAAAGACAAAGGGUAUGCAUUUAUGCGAAAAUCAACAGUCUAUCGUGAAAUAAACCAAAAGAUUUUAAAUGGAUUGUCAGAUGAUCUGAAAGGAGAGAAAGACUACGCGUUAUUGAGAAUUGAACUACUUGAAUCUUCGUUUGCUGAGAACAAUUCUAUAAGAGGGGAAUUGUUGGAUUUAGUUUCCUCUACUUUAGUCUCCUUGUAUAAUGAUAAGGUAGAAACCUAUUUCAAAAGACUACAGGAUGAGUAUAGAGAGAUGAACAAGCUUUCAAAAAACAAGUGGCCAAAAAUUUCGUGGAUAGACUUCCUAGACUUGCACAAGGAGCAGGAUUAUCAAAUGUUUAUUGACUUGUAUCUCAAAUACUUUGAGUUACUCGAGAGGGAUGAUGUGUAUCUUGAGAAAUCACUUUUUGAAUAUCAAAGGCUUUGCAAAACACAAGAUAUCCCUGGAUUGCUUGAUUUUGGAGACUAUUCAACGGCAGAACGAUUAGCUUUGGGCAAAUCUGUUGCACAAAAGAAAUCAUUUUAUAAACAGGAACCUGUAACAACCGGAGUCAAUAAAACCAGCCUCUUGGUUAUAUUUGAGUAUUACUUAAAGCUUUAUAAAAAAGGUCAACCUGUGGAGUCAGCAGUCCAACAUUUUGUCGAAAGUUACAAUAAAUACAUUUCUCCAGCGACUAUAACCAAAUUACUACCGAAUCAAUUUCCAUUAGUGUAUCUAUCAAAAUUUCUAAAGACUUCGAUCAUCAGCUUGCAAGGACAGUCGAGAGAGAAGGUAAUGACCAAAGCUAUCAUUAAAUCUGAAUUAUCUAGAACUAAACAUUUAAUAAAGGAUUUUCUAUAG